ACGGGAGGCCUGGACGGCGCGGCCAGGUGAUGUGGGCCCCUGUGUUUCUCCAGAGGAAAGGGGACCCCCGGAGCAGCCGUGCCCCCGGGCUGCCCCCGUGAGGCGUUUUGACAUCGGCCCUAGGGAAGUUGGGCGGCCCUGAGCCUGCCUUGUCUCCGUUAAGUGCCCUUAGGAUGCAGUGAUUAAGGAAUUAGGCUCUCCCUCCGGGAGGGGCACUGCCUGCACCUGUGAACUCCUUGCAGAGAAAAAGGACAGAAUGAUGCUGUCUGAGCAAGCCCAAAAGUGGUUUCCAACCCACGUGCAGGUCACAGUGCUGCAAGCCAAAGAUCUGAAGCCAAAAGGCAAAAGUGGCACCAAUGACACAUACACUAUAAUUCAGCUGGGCAAGGAAAAGUACUCCACCUCUGUAGCUGAGAAAACCCUUGAGCCAGUCUGGAAGGAAGAGGCCUCUUUUGAGCUACCUGGAUUGCUAAUGCAGGGGAAUCCAGAGAAAUACAUUCUUUUCCUUAUAGUUAUGCACAGGUCCCUGGUGGGUCUGGAUAAAUUUUUAGGGCAGGUGGCAAUCAAUCUCAAUGACAUCUUUGAGGACAAACAAAGAAGGAAAACAGAGUGGUUUAGAUUAGAAUCCAAACAAGGAAAAAGAGCCAAAAACAGGGGUGAGAUAAAGGUCAAUAUUCAAUUUAUGAGGAACAACAUGACAGCAAGUAUGUUUGACUUAUCAAUGAAAGACAAAACAAGAUCUCCUUUUGCAAAAUUAAAAGAUAAAAUGAAAGGUAGAAAAAAUGAUGGGACAUUUUCUGAUACAUCUUCUGCCAUCAUUCCAAGUACUCACAUGCCUGAUGCCAAUAGUGAAUUUUCAAGUAAUGACAUGCAGAUGAAAUCCAAACCAAAAAAGCCUUUUCUUAUGGGUCCUCAGCGACUCUCAUCAGCGCAUUCAAUGUCCGAUUUAUCUGGGUCCCACAUGUCUUCUGAGAAACUGAAGUCUAGCGCCAUAGGUCAAACACAUCUUCUUGGACGCCAGAUAGAGUCCUUUGGAAUAGUUCCAGAAAGUGGAAGUCUCAAAUCUCCACACAGAAGAACAUUAAGCUUUGAUACUUCUAAAAUGAACCAACCUGGCAGCAUUGUGGAUGAAGGUGAAUUGUCUUUCGGAAGACAAAAUGACCCAUUUACAAAUGUGACUGCUUCAUUACCCCAAAAAUUUGCAACACUGCCAAGGAAGAAAAAUCCAUUUGAAGAAAGCAGUGAGUCAUGGGACAGCGGCAUGAAUUUAUUUUCAAAAUCAAUUGAAGUAAAAAAAGAAAAUAAAAGAGAAAAAAGGGAGAAAGUUAGCCUGUUUGAAAGAGUGACUGGAAAAAAAGAUAGCAGAAGAUCUGAUAAACUUAACAAUGGGGGAUCAGAUAGCCCUUGUGACUUGAAAUCACCUAAUGCGUUUAGUGAAAAUCGUCAGGACUAUUUUGAUUAUGAGUCAACUAAUCCGUUUACAGCAAAAUUCAGGGCUUCAAAUAUAAUGCCAUCUUCAAGUUUUCAUAUGAAUCCGACAUGCAAUGAAGACCUCAGGAAAAUCCCGGACAGCAACCCUUUUGAUGCCACUGCAGGAUAUCGUAGUCUGACCUAUGAAGAGGUACUACAGGAGCUAGUAAAACACAAAGAACUCCUUAGGAGGAAAGACACCCACAUCCGGGAACUCGAGGACUACAUCGACAACCUCCUCGUAAGGGUGAUGGAAGAAACGCCCAGUAUUCUCAGAGUGCCAUACGAGCCAUCCAGGAAAGCUGGCAAGUUCUCCAAUAGUUAAUAAAGCCAGUUGUACUGCAUUUAAUUGGAAAAAGAGAGAGAGAGAGAAAAAAGGAAAAACUUGUUAGUGAAAGAGACUGCACUAUGAGGUUUCAUUUCAUACUCUCCUUCAUUGUGAAAAAUAGUUUUACCUAUAAAUAUUAUUGAAUAGCAGGGACUAUCAAGAGUGACCUUUGAAGCAAGCUAAAUUAAAAAUAGGCCAGAUUCUCCAUGAAUAAGCAGUUCCUUAAGAUUCACUUAGGUGCUGGUAGCUGGCCCACUAUAAUCUGCCAUAGGCCUAGAAAUAUCUUCAGAAGUAAAUGAGUUAUUCCUCAGGAAUAGAUUUUUCAUAAAACAGAACUGAUAAGUUGGUUUCUCAGAAGUCAAUUUGUCAUAUUUAGUGUCAGAAAUACUGCUCAUUAUAAACACUACUGAAAAUACAGUUCAUAUUUUAUAUACACAUAUAUGUACAUGAAUAUAUGUUCAUGUAUCUUGUAUAUAAAAUGCAGGCAUAUACCUCAUAUAUACAUGUGUUUUUAGAACAUUUAAAAACAACUGGUUGCCUCUAAGGUUAGUACCAGUUUCUAAAUUUGAAAAUGUAUGUGUGCUCUAUCGAUGUAAGACAAGUCGUCAUCGUUAUUACUAUUAUGAUUUGUUACAGAGAAGCUGCUUCAAAUCACUCUUGACUAUGUGAACCUUGGUUUCAAAGUAAGCUGCUAUGUAUUACUCCAGCAUUAAAUUUUUGCUCUUUUCCCAGAAGUAAUGCUCCAAAGUUCUUUUUUAAAAGAAUAACAAAUUUUAGGAACCUUCAUUAACUUCACAACAGCAUGAAUUUAUUUGAAUUAAUUCUCUUAACAUUUGAGUUGUGUUUAAGGUAUAAGCAGAAGGUAAGCUAAUGCAUUUGUUUUUGUUGAAAUUCUGCAUGCCUUUAAGUCACUAGCAAAGAAAAUAUUGUGAAGUUAUAUCUGAAAAUAAUUUUAGGGAAAGAAAAGUAGGUGAUUGUCUGGUGCCUGAUACCCCAAAGCAGUAGGCAAAUUCUAGAUGUGAAGAAUUAGGCUUUGUUUCAAGUUACAUCAAUAAUAGAGCAGAUGGUUGCUUUGGGUCUUGAACCAAAAUAAGACUUAACUAAAGGCAGAAUGAGUUUUUAGAGCAGAUCUCUGCUAGGAUGACAUUAUACAUUACCAUCCAGCCUUUAAGGGUUGACUUACUACAAAAUUAUGCCUUUUUUUAAAGUCUACUCCUCAAAAAUGUUCCUUUCCAUAGAUAUGUAUUUGUAUAAAAUUAUUCUGAAAUUUAAUUUGAAAAGCAGUGCUAUAAAAAUGUUGUUAAUCUGCUUAUUUUUCAGCCUUGAAAAUCUAAAAUAUUUACUGUGAAACACAGAGUAUCUGUAUCUUUCUGAAUUUAAAAUGAAAAAUUCAUCUCCACAUGGAGACUCAUAUUUCCCCAAUCCUUUAUUAAAUUGUAUUUUUUUCUAAUGUUUAUCUCUUAAGACUUCAUUAAAAGUUAAAUAAAACCCAGAUAUAAUAGUUUUGCUUAUUUUAAUAUUUUGAAUCAAAGAGUACUUGGCCAAGCUUAUAUUCAUAAACUAAAAUCCCAAGUUAUUUGUAUUUUCUAAGUUUAUUUAGCUUUCCUAUGAGAGCAUGCAUUUUGAAAUUGUGAAAAUUUUUUCAAAAUAAAAAAAGUAAGUACUUUAACAAAAUUAAGAAAUGGAGAAGGAAAGGUAGCCUUUAUCAAUUUUUUCCCUCCACUUACAAUUAAGGUUCUAUAAUAAACCUCAAAAUCUGGUGUAGAAUUUUAUUUCCCCAUUUGAGGUCUUGGUAAUUACAAUUUUUUAACAUGGUGCCACUUUUAUUAACAUUUAUUAAAUGUUACAAAUUGUUUAGCAUUAGUUUUUUCUGGUAGUAUUAUUGAGGCUCUUGUUACACUUUUUAAAAUACCAAAAUCCAUUUGUUUUCAGUAUUAUGACAGAUAUGAGAAGACAUUGUAAUAUACUUUGGCCAAAUUUGCUCUUUACAGAAUGAACUGAGAUAUCAGUUUUGUAUUGGGGAUAUGUUUUACAUAAAUACAGCUCUUUAAAAAGUAUGGUUCAAGCACUGCUAUUCCUUUUAUGAGGAAAUUCAUUUUAAAGGAUCAAUUAUUUGCCUAUAUAAAAACUAUUAAGCAUUAGACUUAUCUAUACAUGAGUGAUUUGACUAUAACAGAAUCAAUAUUUGUAUCUUUAAAUUUUAAGUAUUGUAUUUAAAACAAUCUACAUUUAACACUGCCUAAAAAUGUUUUUUAUGAAUUUUCAUUCAUGACCAAGAGUAAACAUAUUACAUAUUUUCAUAAUCAGUCAAUAUAAUAAGCUAAAAACAAAAUGUAAUAAUGAGUUCCCAAGUAAACAUAUCAGGGUUUCCUGUGUUUAGGCAGAAGUGCAAACAGUAGUUUUAAUUUCUAGCAUUGUAGAGAAAAAGGCCAAAAAGGAUCACCUUAGUUUAUUUUUGCAAAAGGUAACUUUAAGUAUUCUAAUGAUAUAUUUUGUUAGUAGUUUAGAAAUGGAAAUAAAAUAUAUGUGCUCAUUAAAUAAUGCACGGUCCAAUAGAUUAGAAACAGAUUUUACAUUUGCUUCUUAAAAGAAUGCAUGCUUAAAAACAUUUCCACCACGAGAAUUUUUUUAAGUCACAGAAUUGAUAUUUAUCUCAAGUAAGAUAACAUACUUCUAUUACAUAAUUAAACUAUUUCUGCUAUUAUUUAAAAAACUGUUUUCCAGCCAGUUCUCCCAGUUCUAAAAGUUAUCUUUUAAAAUGUUAAACAUACCUUCCUACCACUUAUGCUUCCAGUUUCAUUUAUUGAAUACCAGGGUCAUAUCUUAGAACUGUAUAUAAAAUAACAUGAAACCCAUUCAUGAGACGUGUCUAAGUAUUGCCUUUUGCUGCUAUAUUCUGCAUUGACCCUAGUUAUGCCAUUGUCCCAUGAAUGUAGUAUUAUCCAUAGGUUAUACAUAACUACAUCUAUUGCUUUUGGCAGUAAAUCAAGAUUUAGUUGUAAUUUUCCAGCUGUGAAAAUGUUGCCUUGUAUUUAAAAGGGUUUCAUGAAUGGAAACCUAAGUACAACUAAGCUCAUUAGUGACAGACUUGCUUUCUUCACAUCCUUCCUUCACCAACUUCCCCACCCCCACACCCCCUGCCUACCACCCCCAAAAGGGUGCUUAUUCUUUAACAAGGAGAAUCUUUAAAAAAGGAAAGAAAACAAAAUGUUGUCUUUAAUAUAUCUAUAGUAGUUGUUACACUAGAGCUUUUAUUUUCCUCUGUAGCUUUUCAGAAAAAGCAACCUACCUUGGAGUUGUAAAUCAGGCUGAAACUUUUUUGAUGUUCAUGUACUCAUAUGUCUUGUAGAUGGUAGGUGUCAUUUGUGUGUGUAAGUAAAGUAUAAAGCAUGCUCAUUCACUUGGUCUCUUUGAAGUAAAGGAAUGGAUCGCAGUGCUGUGGUCGGGAUGGCAGGUGGAAAGGUCUGUCAGCACACGGGGAAAGCCCCCAUUUUCACAGAUGUAUAACUUUAAUAAUCCUGACGCAAUCAUUGGAAGUAUUUAAUAUGCAAUAGGUAGCACCUUAACUAAUCUGCAUAUGAAGGGUUUUCUGGUGUAUUUAAUAAGAAGUGUGGAAGCUCUUCAAGCAUUAAACUAGAGUUGACGUUUUAUUCCGUUUAUUUUCUCUGUCAAAAAAAAAAUCCACUCUUACAAUGGAAUUGCAGUCUAACAAAUGAUACAUUUGGGCCUAUUAAUCUUCAGAGCUUCCAGAUGGUUUAUAUUUUGAGGUACAAAAAAUGCUGCAGAUCUAGAAAUGUAUAUAUUUAGCAGGUAUUUGAAAGAUAUAACCAUUAUUUAUAACUGAAGAGUAUUACACUUCUUAAGUAAGUGCUCUAGUAACUUGUGUACAUUUUUGCAUAUACAAACUCAGUAUGUAAGCAUUGUAUAAUGUGACAAUUGUAUAAUUUAUGUAAUCUUAUGCAUGAAUCAGAAUUUUUAUAUAAUUAUUGAUUUAUUAUAGUUGAUUAAAGUGUUUAAACUUA